AUGUCUGCCCAAACCACCGACGCUCCCGCCACGGCGGCUCCGGCUGCUGCUCCCGCACAGGCUGCCGAGACUCCUGUUGCUGCUGCUGUCGCCGCCCCUGCUACUGAUGCCGCUGUGGCUCCCGCUGCUCCCGCUGCCGCCCCUGAGACUCAGAAGGUCAACGAGGCCACUCCCGCUGCCCAGACCACUCCGGAGACGAAGUCGGAGGAGAAGGCGAAGACUGAUGAGAAGCCCGCCGCUGCUACCGAGAAGCCCGCCGAGGAGAAGGCGAAGACUCCUCUGAUUUCCCUUUUCGAGAAGCUUCCCGGUAUCCUCGACGCCGCCAAGCACAAGGAGAUGUGGGGUGUCCAGCUCACUGACAACACUCAUGUUCCCACCACCGUUGUCCUUCAGAAGUUCCUGCGCGCCAACGACGGCGAUGUCGUCAAGGCCGCUGACCAACUUCAGAAGGCUCUUGAGUGGCGCCGUGAUACUAACCCCGGCAAGCUUCUCGACGACGUCGCCUUCGACAAGAAGAAGUUUGACGAGCUUGGCUAUGUCACCACUCACAAGGACUCCGAGGGCAAGGAGACCAUCAUCACCUGGAACAUCUACGGCGCCGUCAAGGACAAGCAGGCCACCUUUGGCAACGUUGAUGAGUUCAUCAAGUGGCGUGCUGCCCUUAUGGAGCUCAGCGUCCGCAAGCUGAACCUGGACAAGGUCCAGACCCCCAUUCCCGAGGGAGGCGAGGACCCCUACCAGAUGAUUCAGGUCCAUGACUACCUCAACGUCAGCUUCUUGCGCAUGGACCCUGCCGUCAAGAAUGCCUCUUCGCAGACGAUCAAGAUCUUUGCCAUGGCCUACCCUGAGCUUCUUAACCACAAGUACUUCGUCAACAUCCCCGCCCUCAUGGGCUGGGUCUUCAAGGCUAUGAAGGUGUUCCUUGCUCCCAAGACGGUCUCCAAGUUCCACCCCCUCGGCUAUGGGUCUGAGUUGGCCAACGAGAUUCCUUCCCUCAAGCAGUCGCUCCCCAAGGAGUACGGUGGCAGCGGUGAGAACAUCAAGACCACUGGCCAGACCGUCAAGCUCGCGGACGCCACCGCGGCCCCCACUGCUCCCGUUGCUGAGACCAAGACCGCGACUGAGGCUCCCGCUGCCGUCCCUGCUCCCGCGGCUGCUGAGACCAAGGCCGCUGAGGCUCCUGCUUCCGCCGCCGCUGCCCCUACGGCUACCUCCACUGAGGCGGCUCCUGUUGCCGCUCCCCAGCCGGAGAAGGCCGCCGAGGCCGAGAAGGCCGAGGCUCCCAAGGCGGAGGGCUCUGAGGUCCCCAACGUCGCCGACCUGAGCAUCAAAGACGAUGCCGAGGGCAAGGAGACCGCCGCUAAGGAGGAGGCCAAGCCUACCGCUGCCUAA